GUAAAUACAUUUGACAAAAAAUAAGAAACACUUGUUAUUUUACAAGCUAAUAAGGUUCAAGGAGUGUUUUUAGAGUUUGUUUUCCUGAGGGUUUUUUUCCGGAUAAGAUUGACUUGAGAUAACAACAAAGAGAUAGAUGGUAUAAAUGGAGAUUACUCGUGAUCGCAUCAUAUUGAAACCGACAUUGUAAGGGAAACGCGUGCCAAUGGAACCUCGGAGUAAGGAGAAUUAAAGAGAGCGUUUCAGAAGUUUCGAAAAUUAUAGUCCGUGUUUUAUUUAUUCUGUGAUCUGUUAACAUAAAACACUUUGACUUAUAUUUUCCAUUUGUCUUAUUGCCGGAGAUACAUUCUAAAGGAACAUUCCAGAAUGAAGUGUGUGAUAUUUUUCGUUACUGUCGUCGCGUUGGGAACAUACAGCAUGGAGUUGGACCCAGAUUUUGAGUUGGAGCUGGCACAUAACAUGGAAGAGGACUCGGCUAAUUUCCUCUGUAAAUACAUGGCCGCUGAAGAUUGUGAAGCAAUGAUGAAUGCCACAAGGCCACAAGAUACUGACGACGAAAAAGUUGUGGUCUCACAAGGUCCUGCGGAGAUCGCCAUUUUUGACGCGUGUAACCCGCGGGAAAUGACGAUUGCUCUGCCGCGGCAUCCUGACCCCUCCAUCACCGUCUGGCCCACAUGCACACGUGCUAUGCGCUGUGGAGGAUGCUGUACUAGCGACGUUUUCUCUUGUGAGCCAACAGCAACCGAGGAAAGAUUUAUGAGAGUGUUCGACACAAAGCUGCCGUACCCCGGGGCUCACCGAUUCACGUUCCUGGGGGUACGGGUCGUCACGGUGAUCGAGCACACACAGUGUGAUGCCCAGUGCAAAACCAAACCUCAUGAGUGCCACAAGUUCCAAGUGUACGAGGCCCGGAAGUGCCGGUGUGUGUGUCGACCAGAGCGGAUGAGGCUAGUUGGCACGUGCAGCGGGCAGCAGAUAUGGGACGAGUCCGAGUGCGACUGUAUCUGCCCGAACCGGAACACAGCCUCUUGCCCAGAGCCCUCGUACUUCUCGACAACCACGUGCAGAUGCACGCUGAAAACGGGAGUAACUGGUGAGAUUGACCUCGAGAAAGUCAUGAAGGGGCUGAUGGGGAGGUCUGACAUCAUUCUCAAAAAUAACGACGACACCGACAGCGACAUCGAUAUGAUCGCUGGAACCGGCGGCAUGACGGACCUGGGAGACCUUGGCGUCGGUCCCAUAGACGAUGCCGCUGACGUUGAUGACAAAGAUGAUACCGACGAGGAUUGGACAACGACGGAACCAACCACGACCAGCACCACUUCCACCACCACGACAACAACUGCGUCUACGACGACGCCGACAACAACUACAGCUACAACAACCACGCCAAAACCGACCGAGAAACCCUGCGCUGGGAAGACGUGCCCGGGAGUGUGGAAACUGGUGUUGCUCUCUAACGGAAACUGUCAGUGCGUUCCGCCGUCCUUCGGCGGCAGCCGCGGUUAAAGUCCGUCAGUGGUCAACGCGUAAUCAACGCUAUGCAUAAAAUUAGAAAUAAGACCAUGAGUUAUUCCAACAUAUGGACAAUUAUAAUUAUAUAAAUAACAUACACGUACAUGGUAACCAUUUGGAUCGCCUUCGGACUGUUUUUAUCAUCUUGCAAACACACAUAAGUAGAAAAUAGUUUUUGGUAAUUUAGACUGUGUUACUAAAUUGCAAAUUGUUGUUACGACCUUUUUUAAUGUACAUACGUUUGGUACAGGUGUGGUAGAACUAGUUUAAAUGUUGCUUUUAAUAAAUAUUCCACGAG